CGCACACGCCCACGCCCCUCUCCCACCAUGUCGUUCGCAGUCGUCCGAGCAGCCCUUCGCAGGGCCCCCGUCAAUGCUGCGAGGGCACCUCGCGCCUUCCGUAAUCCCGCCUUCAGGAGGUAUUCAACCGAGGCAGCGCCGAAGAAGUCGAAUGCUGCUUUAUUCGCAGGCCUAGCAGCACUCACUGCGGCCGGAGGCAUUGGCUACUAUGUAUACGCGUCCGAAUCGAACACCGCCAAGGAGGCGGGCACUGCGAUCAAGUCAGGCGUGCAGUCCGCGAAGGCUGCUACUAAGCUUGUGCCUACAAAGGAAGACUACCAGAAGGUGUACAACAGAAUCGCCGAGGUAAUGGACGAGGCUGCCGACAUCGACUACGACGAUGGCUCCUACGGUCCUGUGCUUCUCCGUCUUGCCUGGCACUGCUCGGGAACCUACGAUAAGGCAACUAAUACUGGCGGCAGCAACUAUGCGACGAUGCGUUUCGCACCGGAAUCGCUGCAUAGUGCAAACGCUGGCUUGCAGGUCGCUCGUGCUGUCCAGGAAAAGAUCCAUCAGGAGUUCCCUUGGAUCUCGUACGGUGAUUUGUGGACUCUUGGCGGCGUGUGCGCGAUCCAGGAGAUGGGCGGCCCAAAGAUCCCAUGGAGACCAGGCAGAAUCGAUGGUUUUGCAGAACAGGCUACUCCCGACGGUCGUCUCCCUGAUGGUGCAAAGGGCGCUGACCACCUCCGGAACAUCUUCCACCGCAUGGGCUUCAACGACCAGGAAAUCGUAGCUCUUUCUGGUGCACAUGCCCUCGGCCGUUGCCACCGCGACCGCUCCGGAUUCGACGGCCCCUGGACGUUCUCGCCGGUCACAGUCAGUAACGAGUACUUCCGCCUUCUGCUCGAAGAGAAGUGGGUCUGGAGGAAGUGGGACGGCCCCAAGCAGCUCGCAGACAAGACCACCGGCACGCUGAUGAUGUUGCCCUCGGAUUACGCACUCGUCCAGGACAAGACGUUCAAGAAGUACGUCCAGGCGUAUGCCAAGGACCAGGACUUGUGGUUCAAGGACUUCGCCAAUGCUGUGUCCCACCUGUUCGAGCUCGGGGUCCCCACCUCGCAGUUCGUCGCGUCGGAGCCCUGGAUCAUGAAGAACACCGACGAGAAGUAGAUAUUGAUCUGUAGAUUUCGCCCGGCAGCGCAAAGCUAGAUGCGUGUGCUACAUCACAGCCUUUUAGCUUCGCGUAGUGGUCGUGCUGUACAUUUCCAGUGCUCAUCUUACUUUUCUGCUGGAUGCACCUGAGUGUGCCUUCUUGGCUUGCAUGCGGGGGAUGAGAGCGUGAGUGUGAGGGGAACGGGAAGGAGCAAUAAGGAGGCGUGUGGGGUGGGAGUUGUAGGCUUUGUACAUUGGUUCCGUCGUCUUGUUAUGUGAUC